AUAAAAAAAGGAGAAACAGAGUAUCCGAAAAUGAUGUUUUGAGAGGCACUCUGCCCAAAGUUUCUUCUUCUUCUUCCUCUUCCUCUGUUAUAUCUCUUUCUCGUGACCCCCAUUGUAAAUUCCUCCCACGUAUUCAACUCCCAAAUACAUCAAAAAGCUGCUCACUUUUUCCUUGUAUCCAACCUCUCUUCCCUUCUUCUCCAAAAACACCUUUUUUAUACAUAGCUUUUGAUCAAGAAUUUGGACUUGCUGAGUUUAAAAACAAUGAGGUUAGAGGAUAGAUUCGAGGCGGUGAAUCAGUACCGGAAAAAGAUGUUCCGGAAGGUGAAAGCCGCGGUGAAGAAGACGACGAAGAAGAAGAAGAAGAAUCAAACCAUGUUUCAGUAUGAUCCUUGGAGUUACGCCUUGAACUUUGACGACGGAGUCGAGAAUCCUCAGAGAUUCUCCGGCGACUCUAAUAAACUCCACAGAAUCACUUUGAUUUAUGUUGCUUAUGUCAAAUUUUGACCUUGUCAAAUCCCCCUCUCUCUCUCUCUUAUUCCCUUUCUCUCCAUCAAAUGCAUGUUAUUUCUUCUUUCUUUCUUUAUUUGUCUGUUAGAAUAUUUUUGUUUCUUCCAAACUUAAAUCUUUUGUAUCCGUGUACUGCAAAAAGGUCGAAAUCUAUUAUCUCGACGAAUUAUUAGUUCUUCUCA